AAGGUCUCGGAACACUUAGCCAAAAAUAGAUUAGAAUGGUUUAUAGAAAGUAAGAAAAUAUUAAGCGAAAGUCAAUUUGGUUUUAGGCGUGGUAAAAGUACCCUAGAUAGUCUAAGUAUCUUUAUCACUGACAUUAGAUUAGCAUUUUCUUCCAAUCACUCCAUAGUUUCAGCUUUUCUGGAUAUCACUUCGGCUUACGAUAACGUUGUAAUUUCUAUGUUAAAAUAUAAACUUCUGCAGUUAAAUGUGCCUAUAAUGCUUGUAAAUUUCAUUUUAAAUAUAUUAUCUGAGAGGUAUAUAAAACUUACUCACGAGGAUUCUUGUGAAUCUAGAGUCGUGUGGAGAGGCCUCCCUCAAGGUUCAGUUCUUAGUCCUCUACUUUAUGACAUUUAUACUUACGAUCUUGAAUCUUCUCUAAAUAAUGAAGUGAAAGUGCUCCAAUAUGCUGAUGAUCUUCUGUUGUAUUGCCCAAAUAACUCUGUCACAACGGCCUGUGAUUCAUUGUCAUCGGGUCUCAAUCUUUUAAAGAAAUGGAUGGAUAACAAUGGUCUUGAGCUGUCUACCGCAAAAAGUACUGUUGUACUUUUUUCUAGGAUGCGUCUUCCUCCUCCUGUGUAUGUAUAUUAUGAUAAUGUUCCUAUUCCUGUUAAAUCAUCAGUCAAGUUUUUAGGUCUGAUAUUAGAUAGCAAACUUUCUGGACUUCCACACUGCGAAUAUAUAGCAGCGAGGUGUGAACAAAGAAUAAAUAUAUUAAGAUGUUUGUCUGGAGUUUGGUGGGGGGCCCAUCCAUUCUCACUAAAAUUAAUUUAUAAUGCAAUAGUUAGAAGUGUAUUAGACUAUGGUACAUUCUUACUAGAACCUGGUAAUUUAGCUGCUUUUAAAAGAUUGGACGCUAUUCAGUCAAAGGCUUUACGAAUUGUAACCGGAGCUAUGAAGUCAAGCCCAAUUAAUGCCUUACAGGUCGAAACGGUUGAUCCUCCUCUAUCCCUUCGACGUCAGUAUCUUUCUGACAAGUUUUUGUUCCGUGCCUUACAAUUUUCCAAUCACCCUUUACGCGCAAAACUUGAGUCUCUUUUAGAGGAAACCAACUCUUCUCACUAUUGGUCUCACAAAUCACCUCCCUGUCUUGUUGUUAGCUAUAAAAAGUACCUUGCUUUGCAAGCUCCAACUUAUAAAUCAAUAACAUUUCCUCUUUUUUGCAAUUCUUACGAAUCAUUAGUGUUUACUCCGAAUGUUAUUUUAAAUUUAGGCAUUAAUAAAAAUGAUAAUUGUAUAAAAGAGUUAUUCAAUUUUUCAAAGAGCAUACACUGGGACAAUUGGCAUCAUAUUUACACGGACGCAUCUAAACACUCUUCUUCUGGUAAUGUCGGAGUUGGCGUUUUUCACUCCCAAUAUAAUAUAGUUCAAAAAGUUAAGCUUCCUCCUGAGUCUUCAGUGUUUACUGGAGAAUGCUUUGGUCUCCUCAAGGCCUUAGAGUACGUCCGCUUAAUGAAAUUGGGUAAGACAGUAAUAUUUACUGACGCAUUAAGUGCUUUGCAAGCAAUUAAAAAAUAUCCUUUUAAAUCUAAACCAGUAUUUCCGAUUAUUUUAAUCAUUAGAAGCCUGUUAUAUCAAUGUAUUAAAUUAGGUUUUCAAGUUUCCUUAGUCUGGAUUCCGGGUCAUUGUAAUAUCACAGGAAAUGUGAAAGCUGAUCAUCUGGCUAGCGAAGCGGUAGAAUGUGGUGAUGUAUUUCCAUACAUAAAUUUUGCUCAUGACUUGGCUAGUCUACCAAAGAAUUUUCUUUGGGAUGACUGGAGUAAGUCAUGGGCAAAUAGCAGUAUCAAUAAAGGUAACUAUUACGCUCGUAUCCAAUCAUGCAUUCCAAAAAAACCGUGGUUCGCUAAAUUAAAUUUUAAUAAAGCUGCUACCAGUUGCCUAAUUCGUAUGAGAAUAGGUCAUAAUUGUUCCAAGCUUCACCUCGCCCGACUGCAGAUCGUUGAUAGUGCCCUUUGCGAAUGUGGUGAGAUUGGCGAUUUAAACCACAUUUUUUUUUCCUGUCCUCUUCUCGAUCACGAACCUUUUAUAUCAAGUCUUUUAUCCUAUAAGAUACCUUUUCCUACCUCUAUCCCUGUCUUGCUAGCAACUAAAGAUCCUAAUAUAUAUAUGUAUUUAGUAGCAUUUAUCUCUCUGAAUAAUAUACGUAUUUAA